AUGGAUAGCUCAUAUGGUAGUGUUGAAGAUCUGUCUUAUUCAAGCGUAAAGGACUAUAGUAACGCAACUAAUUCAAGAAACCCAGACAUCAGUAUAUCAGAUCAGCUUGCAGGCUUUGAUAAAUUGCGAAUAUCUGCAUUGACCAAAGCUGCUGAAAUAAGUCCGUUGGUGAAAGAAGCUACCAUUGGGCCUAGGAGUCCUAAUAGUAAACAAUGCCAUCCAAUAAAUAAACCUAUAAACAAACCAGAAGAAGUGAUAAACUUACUAGAAGACAAACUUGGUGAUGAUCUCAGAUACUUUAUACACAUUAAGAAAUAUAAAGCUAAAGUGCAAGAAUUAUCAGAAGAACUACUAAGAAACAUAACAGAAACUAUGAUUGCUAAUCAUACAAAAGCUAUGCAGGCUAAUAGACUAAAUUAUGAAUCUAAGCAUAAAUCAUUUGAAUUGAGGAUGAGAAAGAUGCAAAUAGAAAAGCUACAAGAGAGUGAUAACCUUUCACUUUUAGAACAAGCUAAGCUAGAUGAACAAAAGUAUAAAUCAAUCAGUAGAGAAAUAUCACAGAAUGUGAAUAAAAUAUUAGAGGAUCAAAAGAAAGCCUUUGAUAGGUUAGAGCAUGUCACCCAAAACUGGACAAAUAUAAUGAUAUGUUACAGUGAUAUAACAAAUAUAAUUGAAUCCGACGAACUCGCUAAAAAUAUAAGUACUAAAUAUAUGUCUUUAAUAAAUGAUAUUUUGAACAACAUUAAUAUUAUAGUAAACUGUUUAAAAACAGGUGAAAACACAGAAAAACAGGUACAACAAUCAGAUAUAUUAGCAGCAAAUAUAGAGAACAUUAAAACCAAAUUAAUUAGUGAUUUAACUAUUGCUAAACAAGAAGAAGAUGUAAAGAAACAAAAAGAGGAAGAAUUAAAAAUUAUGGAGCUAGAAAAAAAGAAAGCUGAAGAAGCAGAGCUAUUAAAGGAGCAGCAGAAAACUGUAAAGCCUAUUGAAAGACAAGGUCCACUGUUUUAUUCUGAAAGCAACUAUGCUUAUUAUUUGGGCCUUAAAAACUUCCUUACUGAUUAUGAAAAUAAGUACAAACAACUUCUAGAAGACAGUGCAAUGAAAAAAUUUAAAUUUGACUGCCAAAAGGCUGUUAACACUCCUAUUAACGCCUUAUCAUCUGUAAGUGGCAUCCACAUGAAAAAUACAUUAGAAAAAUUGGCUAAGUUGUUACGAGGAGACAGAGUGCAGAUAUCAGAUUCAUUUAUAAGUGCUUCCCAACAUCCCCAAGGAGUUUAUUAUUGUACUGCCUUAUUAGCUAAGAAAAUUGUAAGGCAAGGUGACCUAUUAGUUUCAUGUAAGCCAGAAGCGGCUUUCCCAUUAGCAGCAAUAGCAGUUGUUCUGUGGGUUGAAUUUCCAGAUUUUGGUAAACUUCUUGAAGCAUAUUUUCAGAACUAUUGUCCAUAUUUGGUACCGAUGUUGUUGCCUCAAAAAGAAGGUCAAACUGACAAAGAAUUUUAUUUGUCAAGAGGAUAUACAUACAAUGAUGAAGGGAUGGUAGAGAAGCAAGAUAAGUUUUUGAAAAGAAUGUCUGGUAUAUUCAGGCUACAAUGUGCCAUAUGGAUUUCAAAGACACCAUCCUUUAUAUCUGCACCUAAUCCCCACAGCUUAAAAUAUGGUUGGAAAUGGCUGGCUUCUUUUAUUAACCUUAGACCUGAACCAGACAUUAGUGCCACUUUGUUGCUUGAUUUUAUGGCUGUUUGUGGCUCUGAAUUUUAUAAAUAUUAUGGCAAGCAGUUUACAAAAAUUCUAAAGUUGAUAAGUACUGAUUAUUUGCAAAUAUUACAAAACAUUGAUGAAGGUGGACCCAAAACAAGAUUGGAGGUGUUUUUACAGAAUGUUCUAGAAAGUAAAACAAUACCACCACCAAGUGGGUUACUGCCUCGAAGCACUUGGUAG